AUUUAUAGAGCCGUGAAAGUAAUGUAGAUAAGAGUAUAUUGUUUGAGGUUUCGCCGCAGCUUCCGGGGAUGGCUACACUGCUGAGGCGUCCGGACGGUCUGCGAGCGGUGGGGCCGAUGGUGUCCCUGGUGCAGCUGAUCGCCUCCUCCCUCAACACCUGCUUGGUGUUCCUGGUGCCUGAGGAUCGUCUCUUCGGGGCUCAGUUUCCGAACGGCACCUGGAAUGGCAUCAUGGGCCUGCUGGAGCGCCAGGAGGCGAACAUGACAGGUUUAGCCCUCACCAUGGGUCCGGGCCGCGAGCAGGUGGUGGUAAUAGGGGAGUGGCUGUAUCAGGACUUCCGCUCCCUCACCUACAAGUAUCCCGUCCCCGAGGCAGAUAUCGCGGGUUUCGUCAAGCCAUUCACAAUGCAGGUGUGGGGAGUGUUCCUGGUGACGCUGCUGGCGGUGUGGCUGAGCCUGCUGGCCUCCCAAACCCUCCAGACCAACGACGGAGGCCGGACCGGUGAGGGGUCACGCGCCCAAAUCGUCGACACCAACCUCUGGAACUCCUUUCUGUGGGCUUACGGUCACCCCCUGGCACAACCCUCAGCUUGGUGGCCGCGAGGGGGCGUGCGUCUGCUGGCUGGCGUUUGGCUGCUGCUGACGCUUGUCCUCAGCACCAUAUACCGCUCCAAUCUGAAGGCGAUGCUCAUCCUGCCUCACCUUCCCCUGCCCUUCGACACCAUGGAGGAGCUGAUUGCUUCGGGCAUUCCCUGCUUCGUCGUGCCCGACACUGUGCUUCACGGGAACAUCAUGAGGGCUGAUCCCAAGAGCCAGUACGGCCGCCUGCGACGCAAUCUGGUAGUGCAUCUCGACGUCGCUAAAGCCACCCGUGACAACAUGCAGGGGAAGCACGCUUCCCUCGCCUCCCACAACUCCAUCUUGACCAUCAUACAUAACAUUUUCAAAAAAACGUCUUCCUGCCCCAUAUACAUAGCUACGGAGAGUUUAGAAAAGGAUUGGAAGUUUUUUCUUUAUCCCAAGACCUCCAAGCUGAGGGAGAAAGUGGAUGUAAUCAUCAGGCGCCUGAAGGAGUCCGGGAUCCUGGAUAAGCUGUUUGAAGAACAAUAUAAAUACGCCCUUCACUGCCUGAAAAAACGCAGCAAGGGCGUUACGAACCAGACGCGAGCCCUCGAGUUUGUCGACUUCUACGGUGUUCUUUCAAUGUACUGUGGUGGAAUAAUCCUGGCGAGCGUCACGCUGCUGCUGGAACUCCUGCUGCGGGGCGCCGCGUCACCUGUCCCCUGCAGCAGCACACCCCGCUGACGCCCACCCUCCCCACGCGAGGGACAGUUUACCUGGCGAGGGUUUACCUUUGAGUUACUGAACCGAUUCAUCGCCACAUGAGAGACACUGACGGAAACCUAACCUACGAUAGUUACUUAAUCGAAACACUGAGUGUAAUGCAAAGUACCACACUCGCAUAGAGUAUAAGAGGAAUAAAAGUACGAAGAGA